UUCGGCCAUCUUGCUCCCCCUCGCCCUGUAGGCCUGCCUCGCCUAGCUUCCCAGUAGCCUCAGCCCGUCCCCCAAGAUGACCUUGCCCCCACCAAGUGUCCCCCUCUUCUCCCCAAGCCAGGUGGCUCGCGUCUGCGAAGCCCUGCAGGAGAGCGGAGAAUUUGAGCGCCUUGCCCGCUUCCUGUGGUCCCUCCCGCCGUCGCUCACCCUCCGGCACCCCGAAGGCCUCAGCUGCACUCACGCCAAUUGCCAUGACUUGGAGUUGUUCAGCAGCCCGAUUCCCUCGGCCGCAUGGUUGGCGCCCUACUGCAGCCAGGCCACUGCGGCCACCUACCACCUGGAACCGUUUGGCACCCUGCGGCCCGGAGACAGGUUCUCGAUACAUCCGCCAGACCGAUCACCUGCCCGGAAGAAGGUCCUUGGUCUGCCGAGGGAUUCUUGCCAAGAUGGGGAGCAGAAAGUGAAUGGCUUCAAGGGAAGGGAAGACAAGGACAAGGGUGGAGACAAGGGUGGAGACAAGGGUGGAGACAAGGACACCUCUUGA